AUGACGAUCCGAUCCAUGAAAUUCACACCAGAGGUACUUCUAGGAGCACCUCGACGGUCGGGCGCCGUGCCCAAUUCGACUGGAACUCUCGCCGUCUACAGUCAAACAACCUACUCGUUCGAAUCCCAUACCAAGACAAAUGAGAUCCGGGUGCUAGAUCUUACGACCGGCCGCUCUGCUCUCAUCACGAAUGAUCCAGGCGCCAGUUCCCCACAGUGGAUCGAGAACACUGACCAGUUGAUCUGGUUGAAGACAAAAGGGAAUGGAAACACAAACUUAAUAAUUGGAGAUGCUCGGCUGGCGGAUAGGACCUAUACUGCGGGAACAGUACCAGGACCAGUAUCGGACUUGAAAGUUACCAAUGUCGAAUCGGGGAAGAUUGGCUUCGCUGUCUCUGGCAAGGCCAAUCCGGAUGGAUCUCUGCAUAACUCGCAGGACGCCAAAACGCCCUACAGUACCGGCAAGCUUUAUACCUCUCUUUUUGUGAGGCACUGGGACUCAUACGUUGAACCCGAAACAAAUGCAAUUUUCUAUGGCUUGCUCCAGCGUGCUCCUCUGGCCCCCGCUACUCGACAUGCGGGGAGGUACUCCAUCUCGGGGAUCACUAACUUGAUAGCGGUCUGUGGACUUACGGGUGUAGAAUCGCCUAUUCCACCAUUCGGCGGUGGAGGUGACUUCGAUAUCAGCCCCUCAGCGAUUGUAUUCGUGGCACGAUCUCCUGAGGUUAAUCCCGCUCUGCAUACGACAGGCUCGUGUUAUUAUUGUCCAAUGUUCUCAUGGACCGGUGUUAGUACUGCAGAAAGCAAGAUAUACCGAGUUGGAGGUCUCGAGGGCGCCAUGUCAUCUCCUGUUCUUUCGUCAGAUGGUGGCUCCAUCGCUGUCCUGGCAAUGCGCAAGGACGGGUAUGAGUCUGAUAAGAAUCGGAUUCUCUACGUUCCCAAUCCCUGGAACGGCGAGAUGAUAGAAGCAUUCUCGUCUCCAGAUGGCAAGGGACUCUGGAAUUUGAGCCCUUCAGGCUUAAGUUUCUCCAAUGACGACAAGUCGCUAUAUAUCCAAGCGGAGGAAUACGGACGUGGAGUGCUUUACCAGCUGCCAAUAGCCAACAUCCGCCACUCGACUCCUGAUCUGCUCAAGAAAAUCACCUACUCCGGCUACGUGACAGACGUCCACCCUGCCACAUCCAAAUCGUCCAAGCUCCUUAUAUCCAGUAAUAACCUGCUGGACAAUAGCAUCUGGUCACUUGUUGACCCGGAAAACCCUGCCGAUGUUCGCGUCAUCUCAUCCAUCGGCCAUAAUGGGGUUGCCUUCGGUCUCUCUUCGACCCAGGUUGAUGAAAUAUGGUACAGAGGAGCUGAGGACACCCCGGUCCACGCAUGGGUGGUAAAACCUUCUAAAUUUAAACCAGGGAACAAAUAUCCUCUGGCAUUCUUGGUGCAUGGUGGCCCACAAGGAGCAUGGAAUGAUCAAUGGAGUACGAGGUGGAAUCCCGCUGUCUUUGCCGAGCAGGGGUAUGUUGUCAUAACACCUAACCCGCGAGGCAGCACCGGCUAUGGACAGGACUUUACCGAUGCAAUCCGUGGGUCCUGGGGCGGACUGCCGUACAUUGAUCUUGAGAAGGGGUUUGACUACAUUGAGAAGAACCUGGAUUAUGUCGACACAUCGCGCGCCGUGGCUCUGGGAGCGUCGUACGGAGGAUACAUGAUGAACUGGAUCCAAGGUCAACCACUUGGUCGGCGUUUCAAGGCUCUUGUCACGCACGAUGGUGUUUUCAGCACAACGUCCUUGCUUGCUACCGAGGAGCUAUACUUCCCGCUGCACGACCUCAAUGGCGUUCAAUGGAAGGUACCCGAAAACUGGGCACAGUGGGAUCCUUCGCGUCACCUUGACAAGUGGCAGACACCACACCUGAUCAUCCAUAACGAAAAGGAUUACCGCUUGACGAUAGCUGAGGGACUGUCCGCAUUCAACGUAUUACAGAUGAAGGGAAUCGACAGUGCGUUCUUGACCUUCCCAGAUGAAAACCAUUGGGUACUGAAUCCCGAGAAUGCGCUCAUGUGGCACUAUACGAUUUUCAACUGGAUCAACAAGCAUGUUGGUCUGCCAGUAGCAUCUGAGCGUUAUCAACAGUUUGCAGGUAGCGAAAAGACAAACACCGAAGCACUGCAGAAACAACUAGGGGACUUCAGUCUUUCAUGA